UGUUUCGGUGGCAGUACUGUGUUCCAGAUGCUGAAAAUUCUGGCACUUGCAGUGGCUGCAAAUUUCGUCAAUGCGGGACCAGUUUUUUCACCAACAACUGGCAAAUUUUCCAUUAUACCAAAUGAUACUGAUAAUACGAACAGCGCCGAAAAUAAUUCAGCGGCUACGGAGGAACCGAUUCUGUACCAGUGCCUGACGCACGAGCACAUUGCACCAUUGAUCUUGACCUUCUUGGAUGAAAAUGAUCUACAAACUGUUACACGGUAA